AAACGUAUUGCUUUGCUUUAAGUUUAAAAAAAAAAGACCUUGGAUUGAAAGUCGUGUGCGCGCCGUUGCUAUGGGACCUUCAGUUCAACAGAGUGGAGCCGGGAGGAAGCAGCCGCUUUGACUCUGAUUGAGGAAAAAGACACAGACAAUAUGGAUCACAAAGAACAAUUUUCGUUCAUAGCUGAAUGGUAUGAUGCAAGUGCUAGUCUAAUUCGGCGUUACAUAUUUCUGUUUCAUCCAAAAGAUGGAUCUAUUGAAAUGAAUGAAGCAGUUUACAAAUCAACUGAACAAUACCUGGUCUGCUUUCCAAGAUAUGAAAACAAUUCAUGUGUUUCAGUAACAGAGAACCAGUCCAGAUCACAAGGGAGUGUCAUUGUUACAUUCCUGGAUCCCACAACUGCACAAUAUGACAUAAAGAACCACCGUACCUUUCUGAAACGGACUAAAUAUGAACAAUUGCGGCCAGAAGACUUGUUCAUUGGCAGCAUAAUUACUGUGUAUGCUCGUCAACUCCAUUUGGUAGGCUACGGAGACCAAUACACAGCUCUCAAACUGGGAAGUAAGAAACAAAAGACCCUAGGUGUAUUAAGGUCAAGUUCUGACCUUAAAUUUGGGAAAUUGAUUGACCAGCUCUACAGUUCAGGGCUCGUAAUAUCCAAGGCAAAAAUGACUGACCUAACAAGUGAUCUUCUUCAGUAUUUAACUUGUGGUCCUGCUGUUGCACUGGAAAUUUUGGGAGAUGAGGCUGUGUCUGCUUGGAAGAAGCUAAUCGGCGCUCCAAAUUCAAGGAGAGGAGAAAAUGAAACCAAUGUACGGGCAUUUUAUGGAAUCGACAACAGCAAUAAUGCUUAUGGCUCUGAAUGUGCUGCGGCUGCAGCUCGGGAGCUAGAGAUUUUUUUCCCGUUGCAUGGUAAAGGGCCAUCAAAUACGGCAAAAUGUUUUGAUUGCACCUUAUGCAUUAUCAAACCUCAUGCUAUUGCUGAAGGUCUGCUUGGAAAGAUUUUGGAUGCCAUUGAAGAAUGGGGAUUUAAAUUUACUGCAUUUCAAUUGUUCAAUGUAGAACGAGCCAAUGCAGAAGAGUUCUUUGAAGUAUACAAAGGAGUUGUUUCUGAAUACAAUGGUAUGGUAAAUGAACUCUCUUCAGGCCCUUGUCUUGCCCUUGAAUUCCAAGGAAAGGAUAUUCAGAAGUCAUUUAGAGAAUGCUGUGGACCAUCAGACCCUGAAAUUGCUCGCCAUCUACGGCCUCGCAGUUUGCGCGGCCUUUUUGGAAAAAACAAAGUUCAGAAUGCGAUUCAUUGCACUGACCUCCCUGAAGAUGGAGUUCUGGAGGUGGAGUAUUUUUUCAAGAUCUUGAACAGCUGAAAAGUGGCCUGAAUAUCAGUGCGAGUUUUUCAUUUCAAGAAAUAAGUUUCAAAACAAUAGGUUCAUGAGUUUUAUUUUUUGAUGCUUUAAAUCAGGUGGAGUACUGUUCUCCCAACAAGUUUACAGAUGUUACAUUGCAUUUGCAUUUUACACCAUGAACACCAUUCUACUGCAUUGGUUUAAAAUAAAGAUUAUGAUUUUA